AGAGGGAGCGAUAGAGAGAGAGAGAGCAAGAGAGAGAGAGAGCGAGAGAGAGCACGAGUACCAUGAACACACAGGUGUUUCUGAGGAGUAAUUAGGUAGCUGUGAAGGAGAAAAUACAUCUUUUAGUUUUUACCUGUGAACACAAUAGCACUGAGAGAGACAAGGGGAAAGCAAAGAGGAAGACAUUUGGUCAGUCACACCAAGAGAGACCAAAGUUGAAAGUUUUGGGGGUUGUUUUUGUUUUUGUUUUUUGAGGUUUUUUUUUUUUUCCUCUGUUUCAUUUUUCCCGUGUGUCACUACAAUGGUCAGAAAGCCUGUUGUGUCCACCAUCUCCAGUGGCGGUUACCUGCAGGGGAAUGUUAAUGGGAAGCUGCCUUCCUUGGGUGGCAAGGAGCCACCUGGGCAGGAGAAAGUGGUGCUGAAGAAGAAAAUCACUUUGCUGAGGGGCAUCUCCAUCAUCAUUGGCACGAUCAUUGGAGCAGGAAUCUUCAUCUCUCCUAAGGGCGUGCUCCAGAACACGGGCAGCGUGGGCAUGUCUCUGAUUAUCUGGACCGUCUGUGGGGUCCUGUCUCUGUUUGGAGCCUUGUCAUAUGCUGAAUUAGGAACAAGUAUAAAGAAAUCUGGUGGUCAUUAUACAUACAUUCUGGAAGUCUUUGGCCCAUUACCAGCUUUCGUACGAGUCUGGGUGGAACUGCUCAUAAUACGCCCUGCAGCCACAGCUGUGAUUUCUCUGGCAUUUGGACGUUACCUUCUGGAACCAUUUUUUAUUCAAUGUGAAAUUCCUGAACUUGCAAUCAAGCUCAUUACGGCCGUAGGCAUCACUGUAGUGAUGGUUCUAAACAGCAUGAGUGUCAGCUGGAGCGCCCGGAUCCAGAUUUUCCUAACCUUUUGCAAGCUCACAGCAAUUCUGAUAAUUAUAGUCCCUGGAGUUAUGCAGCUAAUUAAAGGGCAAACCCAACACUUUAAAGAUGCCUUUUCAGGAAGAGAUGCAAGUAUUAUGGGGUUGCCCCUGGCUUUUUAUUAUGGAAUGUAUGCAUAUGCUGGCUGGUUUUAUCUCAACUUUGUUACUGAAGAAGUGGAAAAUCCUGAGAAAACCAUCCCCCUUGCAAUCUGUAUAUCCAUGGCCAUCGUCACUACUGGCUACGUGCUAACAAAUGUGGCCUACUUUACGACCAUUAGUGCUGAGGAACUGUUGCUUUCAAAUGCUGUGGCAGUGACCUUUUCUGAGCGGCUACUGGGAAAUUUCUCAUUAGCAGUUCCGAUCUUUGUUGCCCUCUCCUGCUUUGGCUCCAUGAAUGGUGGUGUGUUUGCUGUCUCCAGGUUAUUCUAUGUUGCGUCUCGAGAGGGUCACCUUCCAGAAAUCCUCUCCAUGAUUCAUGUCCGCAAGCACACUCCUCUGCCAGCUGUUAUUGUUUUGCACCCCUUGACGAUGAUAAUGCUCUUCUCUGGGGACCUCUACAGCCUUUUGAAUUUCCUCAGUUUUGCCAGGUGGCUUUUUAUUGGGCUGGCGGUCGCUGGGCUGAUUUAUCUUCGAUACAAACGCCCAGAUAUGCAUCGUCCUUUCAAGGUGCCGCUGUUCAUCCCGGCUUUGUUCUCCUUCACGUGUCUGUUCAUGGUUGCCCUUUCCCUGUAUUCCGACCCAUUUAGUACAGGGAUUGGCUUCAUCAUUACUCUGACUGGAGUCCCUGCAUACUAUCUCUUUAUCAUAUGGGACAAGAAGCCCAAGUGGUUUAGAAGAAUGACAGACAGAAUAACCAGAACAUUACAAAUAAUACUGGAAGUUGUACCAGAAGAAGAUUGUCAUAAAUUAUGAAUUGAUGCAUUUGAAAUCUUGGCAAUCUAUGCUUGGCCUUGUUUCUGUCCAAAGGGGUGAAACAAAAUGUGGGUCUUCAUUUUAUGAAAAUCCAGAGGAUUGCAACUUUGGUGAUGGACUAAAGGAAUCAGUUAUUUCUAUUCAUAUCUUUUAGUGUAUUCAAACUGGUUUCUAAGAAAUUUAGUUAUAAUUCAAUGUAGUUAUAGAAAGUAGAUAUGCAAGUCUUCCAUGAGGUCACAUGAUAUUUGAACCCCUGAUACCUAUAUAAAGUUAGAAGAAAAAGACUACGGAAUGAACAAUUACUUUAGUGGUCUUUAUACCAUAUGGCUAAGAACUUCAAACGGAACACCAAGAUGUUUUCUGUAUAAAUGGGAUUUAUAACAGACAAUUUUUAUAUACUGUGGUUGACUAUA